AUGUUAAUCAUCAUUUUGUUAAAUUUACAAGUUGCAGUAUACACGCGUUAUGCAUCUACAUAAGUUAAAAAUACUGCAACUUUUUAAUAAUUUAAAAUUCAUACAAGUGAAACUACAGUAUCAAGAUCAGGACAUAAAAUUAAUUUAGAAUAAAGUCUCAUAUUAGAAAUAAGAAAAGAAAAUAUAGAUUAAGUUGAUAUUCAAAUCUAUGAUGAGGCAAAUAAACACUUUAGAAUACCAUCAAGUCCUGUAAUUGAAUUCACUUAUAACAUAGCCUUUCAACUAUAAUGAUGUGAAAGACCCUUAAUUAUUUGAUCAUUAUGAUUAUGAUAUCAAAGUAUCAUAAAAUCCUAUUGUAAUAUAAAUUUAACGAGAUAAUGCUACCAUUUUUACAUUAACUGAUUUAAUCUUUAGUGAAACAUAUAUUGAAUUCACUCAUUUUCCAUAAAAUAAAUAAAUGUGGGGUUUAGGAGAAAGAAAUUAAGUUGGAUUUCGUUUCAGAGAAGGAAUUUAUACUUUAUUUGCAAGAGAUGAACCGAAUAUAAUAGAAAAUGGUAAGAGACCAGGAAAACAUGUAUAUUCUAGUCAUCCAGUCUUAUUAAGUAUGGAAGAAAGUGGUAAAUUCAAUGUUAUGUUUUAUAAAACAGCAUCUCCAAUGGAUGUACAUUAUGAAGAUGAUAAAAUGAAAUUUAUAACUAUAGGAGGAAUAAUAAAUAUAAAAUUAUUCUUAGGUGAUUCUUAUCCAAGAACAGCAAUUAAAAAAUAUCAUCAAUAUUUAGGAGGUUGGAUGCUUCCACCUUUUUGGGGAUUUGGAUUUCAUUAAUGUAGAUGGGGAUAUAAAAAUAGCAGUGUUUUAAUAGAAGUUGUACAAUAAUAUUAGAAAAAUCAUAUACCAAUAGAUAUUAUUUGGACUGAUCUUGAUUAUAUGGAUGAUAGAUAAAUAUUUUCUGUUGAUAAGCAUAAUUUUCCAAAGAAAGAUUUUUAAUACUUAAAAGGAUUAGGUGUGAGAUAUAUUCCAUUGUUAGAUGUUGCUGUUGGUGUAAAAUAUGGGACUUAAGAUGAAGGUUAUAAAAAAGGAACAGAAUAUGAUAUUUUUUUAUAUUCUCCAUAUACAGGUUAUCGCUUUUAGGGUUAUGUAUGGCCAGGAGAUUCCUAUUUUCCUGAUUUCUUUCAUCCUAAUAUCAGUUAAUAUUGGAAUGAAAUGCAUUAACACUUAUAUGAAUAAGUAGAAUUUGAUGGUCUAUGGGUUGAUAUGAAUGAACCAGCAAAUUUUUGUGAAGGAGAAUGUAAUUGGAGAAAUCAUCAUCGUGAUCAUCCAAAAAGAGAAGAUAAAUUAAAUAAUGAAAUCAUUUUUCCAUACAUUCCAGGAGAAAUACCAUUAGCUAAUAAAACAUUACCUCCUCAUUUAUUACAUCAUGGACAAUAUUUACAUAAGGAUGUUCAUAAUCUCUAUGGAAUAAUGGAUUCUUAUUAUACUUAUUAAGCUCAAAAAGCUUUGGGGAAAGUACAACCAUUUUAGAUUACUAGAUCUACAUUUCCAGGUACUGGUAAAUAUGCUUAACAUUGGACAGGGGAUAAUGGAGCAUCAUGGGAUUUUCUUUAUUUAUCAUUGGGACAAGUAUUUUAAUUUUAAAUAUUCGGAAUUCCUAUGGUUGGAGCUGAUGUUUGUGGAUUUAUGGGUGAUACAAAUGAUAAACUAUGUUGUAGAUGGAUCUAAUUGGCCUUCUUUUAUCCAUUUUUUAGAAAUCAUAAUAAUGAUUUAUCUAAACCAUAAGAAUUCUACAAACUUGGAUUUCAUGUUGUUUAAUCUGCAUAAAAAAAUAUACAUUUAAGAUAUUCAUUAUUGAAAUGGUUUUAUUCAAUUUUCAUUCGAGAAUAAAACCAUGGUUCAAGUAUAUUAUAAUAAUUAACUAUUAGUAAUUAAUCCCUUAUUUUUCAUAUUCCCUGAAGAUUAUCUUACAUAUAGAGAUUUUGUAAUGGAUACUCAAUUGUUAAUAGGAGAAGAAUUAAUGGGUGCCCCAAUCCUAAAUGAGGGUGUAACAAGAAUAGCUUAUUUCCCAGAUUCAAAUUGGUAUGACCUGAUUACUGGAUUGGAAUUAAAGGGUAAAUAAGAUCAUACUCUGUAUUGUUCAUACAAUGAAAUAGUACCAAUAUUUAUUAGAAGUGGUUAUUUAGUGAUACAAAAUACAAAAGAAAUGAUAAAAAAUCUGAAAUCUUUAGAUAAUCAUUAUAGGAUCAUUGCAGCUCCAAUAAAUUAAGAAGCAAAAGGAGUAUUUGCAGAUUUAGAUGAUUUUGAAGAUGAAGAGAAAGCACUUGUAGCUGAAAUAAUUAAUAUCAAAUUAUCAGUUGAAGAACAAAAUAUAAAGAUUACGAUUUCUUAAAGUCAUUCAGAACUAAUUAUUGAUGAGAUAUUAAUUUAUGGAUUAGAAUGUACAUAUAAGUAAUGUUCAUCUGGGUAUUAUAAAUAUAACUCAGUAUUCAAGGGUCCAUUUAAUAUGGGAUAAGAUAAAACUGAAUUAGUGUUAAAUUGA